AUGCCUGUUGCCGAAGGUACCCCGCAGACUCUCUACGACAAGGUCCUCCAGGCCCACGUCGUAGAUGAGAAGCUCGACGGCACUGUCCUGCUGUACAUUGACAGACAUCUUGUUCACGAGGUCACCUCUCCUCAAGCUUUCGAGGGUCUCAAGAAUGCCGGCCGCAAAGUGCGCCGUCCCGACUGCACUCUGGCGACGACGGACCACAAUGUCCCCACCUCGUCACGGAAAGCCAUGAAGGACAUUGGCUCCUUCAUUGAAGAGGAGGACUCCCGCGUCCAGUGCGUCACCCUCGAGGAGAACGUCAAGGACUUCGGCCUUACAUACUUCGGCCUCGGCGACAAGCGCCAGGGUAUCGUCCACGUUAUCGGCCCCGAGCAGGGCUUCACCCUCCCCGGCACGACCGUCGUCUGCGGUGACAGUCACACCUCCACCCACGGCGCCUUCGGUGCCCUCGCUUUCGGUAUUGGUACCAGUGAGGUCGAGCACGUCCUGGCCACCCAGUGCUUGAUCACCAAGAGGAGCAAGAACAUGAGGAUACAGGUCGACGGUGAGCUGUCCCCCGGCGUCAGCUCCAAGGACGUCGUCCUCCACGCCAUUGGCAAGAUCGGUACUGCCGGCGGAACCGGUGCUGUUAUUGAGUUCUGCGGUUCCGUCAUCCGCAGCCUCAGCAUGGAGGCCCGCAUGUCCAUCUGCAACAUGUCCAUCGAGGGUGGCGCGAGAGCCGGAAUGGUCGCCCCUGAUGAGAUCACCUUCGAGUACCUCAAGAACCGCCCCCUCGCUCCCAAGUACAACUCCGACGAGUGGCACAAGGCCACCAAGUACUGGAAGGCCCUCCAGUCCGACCCCGACGCCAAGUACGACAUCGACGUCUUCAUUGACGCCAAGGACAUCAUCCCCACCAUCACCUGGGGUACCAGUCCCGAGGACGUCAUCCCUAUCACCGGCACCGUCCCCGACCCCGAGACCUUCUCCACCGAGGCCAAGAAGGCCGCCGGUCGCCGCAUGCUCGAGUACAUGGGCCUGACCGCCGGUACCCCCAUGGAGGACAUCCCCGUCGACAAGGUCUUCAUCGGCUCUUGCACAAACUCGCGUAUUGAGGAUCUGCGCGCCGCUGCCCACGUCGUCAAGGGCAAGAAGAUCGCCGCCAACAUCAAGCGCGCCAUGGUCGUGCCCGGUUCCGGUCUCGUGAAGACCCAGGCCGAGGCCGAGGGUCUCGACAAGAUCUUCACCGAUGCCGGCUUCGAGUGGCGCGAGGCCGGUUGCAGUAUGUGCUUGGGCAUGAACCCCGAUAUCCUCGCCCCCAAGGAGAGAUGCGCGUCAACCAGCAACAGAAACUUCGAGGGUCGCCAGGGUGCCGGCAGCCGGACGCAUCUCAUGUCCCCCGUCAUGGCUGCCGCCGCCGGUAUCGUUGGCAAGCUCGCCGACGUCAGGAAACUGUCUUCUUACAAGGCCAGCCCUCACAUCGAGGCGGCCAUCACCCCUGUCGAGCCUCACGUCGACGAGCGGGUGCAGGAGAGCGACUCCGACAAGGACGCCAUCGCCGACCAGCCCGAGGACAACGAGCCCCACACCAACACCACGGCCGCCGCCUCUGCAGGAAGCUCCGCCGGUCUCCCCAAGUUCACCAACCUGAAGGGUAUCGCCGCUCCCUUGGAGAUGUCCAACGUCGACACCGACGCCAUCAUCCCCAAGCAGUUCUUGAAGACCAUCAAGCGCACCGGUCUCGGCACGGCUCUCUUCCACGCCCUCCGCUUCAACGAGGACGGUUCCGAGAACUCCAAGUUCGUCCUCAACAACGAGCCCUACCGCAGCGCCAAGAUCCUCGUCGUCACCGGCCCCAACUUCGGCUGCGGCAGCUCCAGAGAGCACGCCCCCUGGGCGCUGAACGACUUCGGCAUCCGGUGCGUCCUCGCGCCCUCGUUCGCCGACAUCUUCUUCAACAACACCUUCAAGAACGGCAUGCUGCCCAUCGUCAUCCCCGACCAGGCCAAGCUCGAGAGAAUCGCCGACGAGGCCCGCGCCGGCAAGGAGGUCGAGAUCGACCUGCCGAACCAGCUCAUCAAGGACGCCGACGGCAACACCCUCGCCAGCUUCGACGUCGAGGAGUUCCGCAAGCACUGCCUCAUCAACGGCCUCGACGACAUCGGCCUCACCAUGCAGCUCAACGAUAAGAUCACCGACUACGAGCGCCGCAUGUCCCAGACCACCCCCUGGCUCGACGGCACCAACUACCUCAGGAGGAAUCCCAAGACCGGCCAGCUCUACGCCAAGGCGGUGCCCGUCCCCAAGACGAACCGCGGCGAGACCAAGACCGAGCCUCUCGAGUGGUAA